AUGGAUUCGGCUCCUCUCCUCCUCCUCCUCCUCCUCCUCUCGCUGUGGGACUGCAGCGGACUCCCUGCCGACAGGCUGGCAGUGAUGCCACAGCAGCCGGUGGUGCCGUACGGGGGCUCAGCACAGCUGAAUUGCUCCCUGGCCUGUGCUGGGGGCACGGUGCAGUGGAAGGGGCUGGACACCAGCCUGGGCAGCAUCACCUCCUUCCCCACCCACAGCAUCCUGCACAUCAGCAGCGCCGGGGUGGCCGCAGAGGGCACCAAGAUCUGCCAGGGGACCUGCCAAGGGCAGUUCUACCAGCGUGCUGUCAACCUGAAGGUCUAUGCGCUGCCGGAUGUGCUGCAGCUGGUGCCAGAGCCAAGCGCCCUGGAGCCAGGGCAGCCGGGCAGCCUGCGCUGCUCAGCCCGAGGGAUCUACCCACUGCUGGGGCUGGGGCUCACCUGGUACCAGGGCGACCAGGUGCUGGAGGAAGCUGAUGUGGAUGCCACGGAGACUGAUGAGAUGCUGUUCGACAUCGAGUCCACACUGUCAGUGCCCGGGGAGAAGGUGGAAGAAGGGGCAGAGUUCAGGUGUGAGGUGAAGCUGAGCAUUGGGCAGGAGACCUUCACCCGGGUGGCAUCUCUGGCCGUGAGCACUGAGGAUGUGAUGGAGCACCCAGUGGCCAUGGCCAUCUCCCCUGGGACCCUCGGGACAGUGCCAGCCACGACAGAGAGCCCCAGCACAGCCCAACCUGUGACCACCACAGCACUGCCCCCAGAGCCAACCACAAUCUCCACACAGGAUCCCACCACAGCCCUGACCACCACACGGGAGCCCCACACUGAGACCAAACCCCACUCUGCAGAGCACCCUGUUCCCCAGGACCUCAUGACAGGCAGCCCCAUGGCACGUUUGGCCACCACCGCCACCACAACCCCUGGCUCCAGCACGGGGACAGGGACAUCCGAGGGGACGGGGACAUGGGAGGGGACAGCGCCUGCCUGCAGCCUGCAGAUCUGGUCGCUGCCUCCCAAGGGAACAAGGGGCAGAGCCCUGCGCAUCGAGUGCCACGCAGGGUGUGCCAGGAACGUCACCGUCCGCUGGCUGCAGACCCCCGUGGCCCUCUCGCAGUACCGGCAGGAGGUGGCGGGCGGCAGCUCCACGCUGCGUCUGGACCACGCCGAGCCCCAACACCAGGGCUCCUAUCAGUGUGUCCUGCUUGGCCACCGCUCCCAGGUGGUCAGUCUGCAGCUGAUGGUCUUGGAUGAUUCGUUCAGCGCAGUCCCUGCCAUUGCCACGGGGACAACGAUCUCACUGUUGGGACUGAUCGUGACCGGUGUCGUGUCUCACCGCCUGUGGAAACGAGUCAGGUCUCGGUACGAGCUGCACUAG